AUGUUGCUGAUAGCUGGGACACUGCAAGAGGGCGAUGGAAACGAACUUUUCGGUGUUUUGCGAGUUAAUGAAACGAAGUGGGGCAGUGUGGCAAACGCUUCUUAUGCAAGUAUCACCAACGAAACUGAUGGGAUAACAACUGAUGAAGGAACGGCAGCUACUACAGCUAUGCAAAGUACAACAAUCAAGGAUGCGAUAGAAACAUUGAAGGAGAAUUUACUGCGACAAUUUGUUAGAAAAUAUUUAACGCCAAGCCGAAAUCAACUAUUUAUCGUUUCAUUUGCAUGCCUGCUUCUUGGCUUCAUCUCAUUUACCGGCUAUGUGAUGGCCUGCAGUAUGCUGUAA